AGCGGCUCCCUUAAAGAAGUAUGAUUUCAUUGAACGGAUCAUAUCCAUCAUCCAUGUCCCAUGAACUACUAAAUACUUGCCCCUGCAACCGCCAUUGGCUUUCUUUCCCUCCUUGUUCGUUAGGUGUCACCCGGCUUAUUACAUGCAUGAAUUGCCUCGUACAGCUGAUGCCGUCGCCCCCAUAAGAUCUCCGACCUACCUACGCCUCCAUGCCUGAUUGUCUUGUGCCUGAGCGGAGUUUCGUAUUCGUUUCGUUGGUCGGUCUCUGCACGAGCCAGCCUUAACAGACCACGGUCAUAGUGUCUAUAGGAUCCACAUCAACCCCCCAGCAUAUCCCCCCUUCUUGUCCGUGUCAGCCUUCUGCAUGCGUCAGCUUCUAUCUAUCUAUAAGACGGUUGGAGUACCCCCUGUCCGGUUCCUUGGAUCCAUGUGAACCGGCGAAUACCCCUAUUGUUUUUGUUCCUGUCCACAGCAUGUCUUCGGCCGUUCAACAAGCCAAUGGCUCCCCUUUACUACGUCCCCGUGCUGUCCCGGGGACGAAGAAGCUAGAGGAUUUGACAGCGAUUCCUCCCUUGGAUAAAUUCGAUUCGAGCGGCCGCUCGACUCCGGUCCCUGACGAUGCGCCUCCCUCCGUACAUUCAAUCUCCACGGCGAGAAAACAAGCUCGAGCCCGGACUCGGAUCUUCUAUACAAUUGAUUAUGUUCCUCGGGUAUCUCAUUUCGACCCGAGAAGCGAUUACCGCAAUUUCCGCGGCUUCUAUACCCUGUUUUGGAUUGCCUUGUUUAUAAUGGUCGUUACGACAAUGCUUCGGAAUAUAAAGGAUACGGGCUACCCGUUGAGGAUCAGAGUAUGGAGCCUUUUGUCGGAAAAUGUCUGGUCAAUGGGCUUCAGUGACGUGGCAAUGGUGGUCAGCAGCGCGGUGGUCUUGCCUCUCCACCGCCUCAUAAGGAGAAGCGGUGGAUUGAUGCGCUGGGGAAGGGGUGGUAUGGUUGUGCAGAGCACCCUUGAAGCGGGCUGGGCAAUUCUAUGGAUCAAUUGGCCAUUCAUGCUUCGUUGGACCUGGACGGCCCAGGUCUUCUUCACCCUCCACACAUUGACCAUCCUAAUGAAGAUCCACUCCUACGCAUUCUACAACGGCCAUCUCAGCGAGACAGAGCGUCGACUGGCUUCGCUCGACAAACCGGGAAAAGUGUCAAUGGAAGCACCAGUCCCGUACCCAGACGCAUCUCCCCGCCGACGCUCGGUAGCCCGGCGUUCGAGCCUCCAUGUGCGCUCCGAGUCGAUUUCUGAACUGCGCGAGGACUUGGCCACGGAACUCACCUCGCCAAUGGGCAACGUCACGUACCCUCAGAAUCUCACGAUACUCAACUACAUCGACUUCAUAUGCUGCCCCACCCUCUGCUACGAGCUGGAAUACCCUCGGAGCAAGGACAGACAAUGGAUCGAAAUUGGCCUGAAGACUCUGGCUAUCUUUGGUUGCAUCUUCCUAUUGACAUUGACAAGCGAAGAGUUCAUUCUGCCUGUCCUGACGGAAGCCAACAUUCAAUUGCACAUGGUAUCCAGUGUGACUGAAAAGGCAUUGAUCCUUGCAGAAACCAUCAGCAUGCUCCUGUUCCCUUUCAUGAUCACCUUCCUGCUUGUCUUCCUCGUGAUAUUCGAAUACGUCCUAGGUGCUUUUGCGGGGCUCACCUGCUUCGCUGAUCGGCACUUCUACUCGGACUGGUGGAAUUCAUGCGAUUGGCUCGAAUUUUCGCGCGAAUGGAACAUCCCCGUCCACCACUUCCUCCGCCGCCACGUAUAUUUUCCCUCCCUAUCGAAUUUCUCCAAACCCGUCGCCAUGUUCAUCACUUUCCUGGUCAGUGCCAUCGCGCACGAACUAGUCAUGAGCUGCAUCACCAAGAAGCUCCGCGGCUACGGAUUCCUUGCGAUGAUGCUCCAGCUGCCUAUCGUUGCGGUGCAGAAGUCCAAAUAUGUCCGAGGAAAGACCACUCUCAAUAAUGUAUUCUUCUGGCUAUCUAUGAUAUUCGGACUAUCAUUGAUGUGUGCCCUUUACGUCCUCGUCUGAAAACGACGCGGAAUAACCGGAAGAUCAGCCCUGGAUAUUCCUCCGCACCUUUGUGCUCCGGUUUGUAUCAUACCAUGUUGAAGUACAUUGUUGUACUUGUCGUCCACCACUACAUACUGCCAUAAUUUAUACCCUGGUUGUUUUGGCAUUGUAUAUCCGCGGGUGUCUUUUUGCACCUUAUUUCAUUGGGUCGUUUUCUUGUUUUGUGGGGAUUCUGCAUUAGAGGGGUUAUCAUACUACUACUUGACUACUAUUAUGUUUGUAUACGCACAGGCAUGUAUAGCGCUCGCUAGACCGGGGGGGGGGGUUAGAAUAAACAAAGGGAACAUAUCUAAAAAGAGGGGGAGUUGCAUGCGCCAAGCAGCUACUACUAGAUAGA